CCGGAUUGGAAAGCUGUGUGCUUGCAGCUGCAAUGUAGGCUGAUUUCAGGGACAAGGUUCUACUGUCUCUCAAAUAUAGCAUAAGCACAGAAGAAGUUAUUCUGUAGGCUUCAGGAUGCAGAUAUGGGUUGCACUGCCAGCAUUGUUCUACUUGAAGUCAUUCAUUCCAUGGUUCAGAGGAACUGUGCAAAUAUCUGCACUCGGCACCAGAAACAGUUGUCACUUGAAUUUUUGCCACUGGAUGAAUCUGAUGAAAUGAGCAGACCCAGAACUCUCCUAAUAAUGCAAGAAAAGCCAAAAAUCGUUGAACCACUGGAAUAUGAGACAGUGAUUGAAGAACUUGAGAGCCAAUUUCAAGAUCACCCCCUCAAAGAUAUGUUGCUUUUUCCAGAAAAUGAUUUCUCGGCAUCAUCAAGCUUAAGAGAAAGACGGACCCUAAAUUCCACUGUGCCUGAGGGGGCCGAAAAUGAAGCAGAAAGUCUACUUGUCAAGCAGGCCUGCAAAUACUACAAUUCCAACUGGAAUAUUGUGAGCUACAAAUACGAAGAAUAUUCAGGGGACCUUAAACAGUUACCUCGAAAACAGGUUAGGCCAGAGAAACUGCCUUCACAUUCGUUUGAGAUUGAUCAUGAUGACGUUGAAAAAGAUGAGGAUACUACAUCUCUAUCUUCCUCGAAAGGAGGAGGUGGUGGAGGAGGAGGAAUGGGAGUUUACAAGUCUGGCUGGCUUCACAAAGGAAACUUUAAUAGUACUGUGAACAACAGCAUUACUGUCCGAUCCUUUAAGAGGCGUUACUUCCAACUAACACAGUUAUCAGACAACUCUUACAUAAUGAAUUUUUACAAAGAUGAGAAAAUUUCCAAAGAGCCAAAGGGUUGUAUUUUUCUGGACUCUUGUACUGGUGUGUUGCAGAACAGCAAACUUCGUCGUUACGCAUUUGAGUUGCAAAUGAAUAAUGUCACGUACUUUGUACUGGCAGCUGAUAAUGAGCAGGAUAUGGAGGAUUGGAUUUCCACUUUGAACCGUAUCCUGCAGAUUAAUCCAGAAGGAUCUAGUCAGGAAAGAAAAAGUGUAGAUCUUACAGAUGUCAAACAGGAUGAAACUCUAGAGAGUGAAAUUACAGAUACCAGCUUGAAUGAUGAAAUAGAUUCCUCGGAGGACACUCUCCAUCCAGAAUUAGCAAAGUAUAUUGCAGAAACUGAGGAGACCAUUAAGCUGUCCAGAAAUGAAAACCGCAUGAACCUAUUUUCACUUGACCCUGAUAUACCUAUUCACAAAGCACAGCGGCUGGACAUCGCUGUGAACGAGCCUUUAGUGAAGCCGUACGAGCUGAAGCUGGGCAAACGCAUCAUGGUUGUAUGCAAAUCACUUGUCUUAAAUCUUCAGGCUUGUAUCAGUGAUGCUGAAGGUGGAGCGCCAACUAACAUUGAACCAUUCUUCAUCAGUCUUUCCUUGUUUGAUAUCCGAGAAAACAGAAAAAUAUCUGCAGAUCUGCAUGUGGAUUUAAACCACGAGAGUGUGAGACAACUGAUCAUGGGUUCACUGGCCGUGGCAGAAAAUGGAGAGAAAUAUGUUGCUGGAGGAGUGAAAUCUGGAGAGCCACAGUUAGAGGGCUUUCCUGAAGAAUGGUUAAAAUACCCAAAACAGGGCAUUUUCUCUGUAUCAAACCCCCACACAGACAUCAUGCUGGUGGCGAGAAUAGAGAAAAUACUAAUGGGGAGCAUUCAAAGCUGUGCUGAGCCCUACAUUAAGAACUCAGACACCAGCAAGACUGCACAGAAAGUUUUGAAAUCCAACAAGCCAUUUUGUAAUAAGUUGGCAAAAUACCGGAUGCCAUUUGCUUGGGCUGUAAGAUCAGUGUUCAAAGACAAUCAUGGAACAAUAGAUCGAGACUCCCGCUUCUCUCCUCUCUUCAGGCAAGAAAACAGUAAAAUUUCUACAGAUGACUUGCUGAAAUUUGUCAUGGAAUUCAAAAGAGCAGACAAAAGUAACAAAAUGCAGGUCAUACCUGGAAAUCUUGAUAUAUCCGUGCAGUCUGUCCCCAUGGAACAUCCAAAUUGUGUUACCUCAUCCUAUGUACCUAUUAAACCAUUCGAGGACCCAAAUAAGAAUGAACCUACCAUAGAGGUUGAAGAGUUUGUGCAAGAAUCUGCAAAAUAUUCCCAGCCUUAUAUGAUAUAUAAAAAUCAUGUUUAUGUUUACCCUAAACAUUUGAAAUAUGAUGGUCAAAAGUGCUUUUCCAAGGCAAGAAAUUUAGCUGUGAGGAUUGAGUUUAGGAGUUCAGAUGAAGAAAAUGCCCAACCAUUGAAGUGCAUUUAUGGAAAAGCAGGAGGCUCAGCGUUCACGGCAGCAGCACAGACUACAGUCCUAUAUCAUGUCCAGAACCCUGAUUUUUAUGAUGAGGUGAAAAUUGAACUUCCAACUCAACUGAAUGAGAAACAUCACAUUCUUUUUUCAUUUUAUCACAUCAGUUGUGACCUUGCUACAAAAGGUGGCUCCAAAAAGAAAGAAGCAUUAGAAACACAGGUUGGAUAUGCCUGGCUCCCUCUCUUGAAAGAUGGCAGACUUGCAUCACUAGAGCAUUCCAUACUUGUAGCAGCCAGUCUUCCAGCUGGCUAUCUCAGUUAUCAAAACAUGACACCAGGGAAGACAAAUGGACCUGAUGUUAAGUGGGUUGAUGGAGGGAAGCCACUCUUCAAAGUCUUUGUGCAUGUUGUAUCUACAAUCUAUACGCAGGAGGAAAGACUAAAUAACUACUUCCAGGAGUGCCAAAAAAUAGAAAGUGGAGAAUCAAAGACUUCAUCUUCAGAAUUUAUCAGGAGCACAGAGGGUCUUCUUGGCAUAGAAAAGAUCCACGUGAUUGUGCAUUUCCUUCCUGUUCUUCUGAAUCAGCUGCUCAAUAACUUAGUACAGACUGAAGAAAAUCUAGUUUCUACUGCCACCAUCAGGGCUAUUGUUGACAUUGUUGCCAAGUGCAAUGAAGAACAGCUAGACAAUUAUCUCCGCUCAUACAUUAAGUUUGUUUUCAAGGCUGAAUACUCUGAAUUGAACCAGAAAACAAUUCAUGAAGAGCUUUUGAAAGGCAUCACUGAAGUCUUGACAGAUGGCAUUGAUGUUAAACGGAUGAUGAAGCAUCUAUGGUUCUUCUUUGAAAUUGCUAUAAAGUCACUGGUGCAGUAUCUGGUUGGCGAUGACAAGCGACUGCAGCUGAAGCGUACUGAGAGGUUUCCAUCAUCCUAUCACAGUGCGAUGGAAAAGCUGGUGACAGUCUUGGGAGAUCUCAUUUUCAAAUCCUUCAAAGAAUUUGAAGAAGAAACCAAGGAGGCAAACCACUAUCUUGCCAUGUUUGUAAAGCGAUGUUUUACCUUCAUGGACAGAGGAUUCGUAAUGAAGCUGAUUGGCAGCUAUAUGAACAUUUUCAAUGCUGGAGAUCAUAAGACUCUCUUUGAAUACAAGUUUGACUUCCUGCAUGAAAUUUGCAACCAUGAACAUUUCAUUCCCCUCAACUUGCCAGUAUUAUUUUUAAAGAAUAAAUCAGGAAAUAAAGACACACUGCCAGAACAUACUCUGACAAAUGAAUUUUGUCGUAACCAUUUUCUUGUUGGCUUGUUGCUUCGUGAAGUUGCAUUUGCACUUCAGGAAGACCAAGAUGUUAGACAUCUUGCAAUUGCUGUCCUUAAGAAUCUACUGGCCAAGCAUUCACUUGAUGACAGAUAUUCAGGAAAAAGUCAACAGGAACUCCUAGCCACUUUGUACCUGCCAUUGUAUGGAAUAAUUCUUGACAACCUUUCGCGAAUUUUUAUGAAGGACAUGUUCCCAUUCAAUCUCAGUUCCUCUAAUCCGGGUUCCAGGGAUGACUUGAGUACUGCUGGUGGUUUGCAGCACCAGUCAGCAACACCAACAAGGAAUACAAAUUCAUUAGAAAGUUCAGUCUCAAAAGAUGUUUUGAAUUCAAUAGCAGUUUUUUCAUCUGUGGCUAUCUCAACGGUGUCCCACGAAGACUCCAGAGGUUCACAUGGUAGUUUGGAUUCUACCUCUGGUACCUGUGAGAGAAUAAGUGACAGACCCGACUCCUCUGAAAAGGCUUAUUCAAGACCAUUAUCUUUAAUUGGAUCUGCUACUCGAUUUGACAAAUUAGAUCAAGCUGAAUUGAAAAGUCUGCUCACAUGUUUCCUUCACAUCAUGAAAACUAUUUCUGAGGAUACUCUCAAAGCCUACUGGUCCAAAUCACCAUUUUCAGAACUGACAGAUUUCUUCAACAUUUUAGAAGUUUGUAUUCAACAUUUCAAAUUCCUGGGAAAGAGACAAGUGGCAAGGAAGUUAGCUGCUGCAGCCAAACUUGCUCAAGCCAGCCAAAGUAAUGGAACACUUAAAGGAUCUAACCCGACUCAAAGUUCUGGCCUUCUCUCUCAAUGGAUGCAGUCAGGCCAUGAUGGCCAUAGGCAUGGAAGGUCACAGACCAUGCCAAUAAUACGUGGAAAAAAUGCAUUAUCACACCCAAAACUAUUACAACUGAUGGAUGCCUCCAAUAUAUUGAUCAAUGGUGGUCCUACUGAGACAGAUACCACGCAUCUCAUAGAUGUGGAAGCAAAUAUUGCGACAGAAGUCAGCAUUACAGUGUUGGAAAUCAUCUGUCUUUUCACUCAGAACCAUCAACGGCAACUGCAGCAGGAUGAAGGACAGAAUUCCAUGAUGAAGAAAGUCUUCGACACCUACUUGCUCUUCCUGCAAGUCAAUCAGUCAACAUUUGCUUUGAAGCAUGUAUUUGGAGCUCUCCGGUUGUUUGUUACCAAGUUCCCUUCAGCCUUUUUCCAAGGGCGAGCAGAACUUUGCGGCACACUCUGCUAUGAAAUCUUAAAGUGUUGUAACCACAGAUCAAGUUCAACCCAAAAUGAGGCUUGUGCCUUGCUUUAUCUUUUUAUGAGGAAAAAUUUUGAAUUCACAAAAGGAAAAUCAAUCGUCAGAUCACACCUUCAGCUUAUCAAAGCCGUUAGUCAACUGAUAGCAGACGUGGGAAUGGGAGGCACUCGAUUCCAGCAUUCACUAGCAAUAAUUAACAAUUUUGCAAAUGGAGAUAAGCCGAUGAAAAACACGUUGUUUCCUGUGGAAGUGAAAGAUUUGACGAAGCGAAUAAGAACAGUGUUAAUGGCCACAGCACAGAUGAAAGAGCAUGAGAAGGAUCCAGAAAUGCUGAUUGACCUCCAAUACAGCUUAGCAAACUCGUAUGCCAGCACUCCUGAGCUGCGAAUGACUUGGCUUGAGAGCAUGGCAAAGAUUCAUAUCCGAAAUGGAGAUGUAUCUGAGGCUGCAAUGUGUUACAUUCAUAUCGCUGCUCUUAUAUCAGAGUAUCUGAAAAGAAGAGGUUAUUGGAAAACAGAAUGGACCCGUUUAUCAACAACCUUGUCUGAGGAAUCAGAUAACCCUGACAGUAACCAAUUACUAAUAUCACACCAAGGAAGAAGUUUGUUUUCAAUGGGGUGGUCAGCCUUUCAAACAAUUACCCCCAAUGUAAAAGAAGAGGGAGCAAUGAAGGAAGACUGUGGAAUGCAGGACACCCCAUAUAGUGAGGAUACUCUUGUGGAGCAGCUGGAAGCAUGUGUUGAUUACCUGUGGAAAUCUGAACGGCAUGAACUCAUUGCGGAUGUCUACAAACCUGUUAUCCUGGUUUAUGAGAAAAAAAGAGACUUCAAGAGAUUGGCAGAAUUGUACUACAACAUCCAUCGAUCCUAUCUUAAAAUAACAGAGGUUGCACAUUCAGAAAAACGGUUGUUUGGAAGAUACUACCGAGUUGCUUUUUAUGGACAGACAUUCUUUGAGGAAGAUGACAGCAAAGAAUAUAUUUAUAAAGAGCCCAAGCUGACAGGACUUUCAGAAAUUUCUCAGAGGUUGUUGAAGCUAUAUUCUGAUAAAUAUGGUGCAGAGAAUGUGAAAAUGAUACAAGAUUCUAACAAGGUCAAUCCCAAAGAUUUGGAUCCAAAGUUUGCCUAUAUCCAGGUUACCUUUGUUACGCCAUAUUUUGAUGAAAAGGAACUGGCUGAAAGAAGAACAGAUUUUGAGAAACAUCACAACAUUAAACGUUUUGUAUUUGAGACACCUUUCACCCUGUCUGGAAAAAAGCAUGGGGGAGUAGAAGAACAGUGCAAGAGAAGGACAAUCUUAACAACUAGCCAGACAUUUCCAUACGUUAAGAAGAGGAUUCAAGUUAUUAACCAGCAGAGUACAGAGCUGAACCCCAUUGAGGUGGCAAUUGAUGAAAUGUCGAGGAAGGUUUCAGAACUCAAUCACUUGUGCUCAAUGAGUGAGGUGGACAUGAUUCGCCUGCAGCUUAAAUUACAAGGAAGUGUCAGCGCCAAGGUAAAUGCAGGACCUAUGGCUUAUGCUUGGGCUUUUCUUGAGGAAACAAAUGCAAAAAAAUAUCCUGACAACCAAGUAAAGCUCCUGAAAGAAAUUUUCAGACAAUUUGCAGCUGCAUGUGGACAUGCUCUAGAGGUUAAUGAACGGCUAAUUAAAGAAGACCAAUUAGAGUACCAGGAAGAGAUGAAAUCUCACUAUAGAGAUCUGCUCAGUGAGUUGUCUACAGUCAUGAAUGAGCAGGUUGUAUACGGGGAGGAUACGACAAAACAACAAGGAAUGGAACGACAGCACAUGCUCAGAGCAAUCAGUAGAACUACCACCUCCAACCAUUUACAAGGAGUAACAGUGACAACAAAUUCAGAGUAACACCAUUUUCUCUUUAGUAAACUCUUAUGAAAUUGAUGUCAGGUUUACAGUAUGGGAAAAGUUAGAAGUAUCAAAUUAAAUGUAUAAUGUACAAAGAUUGUUUUAUUUUCCUGAAGUUGCGAUUGCAAACUAGUGUUACAAAUUCAACUUUUAAUUUGUCUUUGCAUCUUUCCUGCAAUAUAUGCACUAUUUACGUAUUUUUUAUUGUUCUGUACUUUUAUUACACCAUUGGAUAUGUAUAAUAGAUACAGUAUAAAUGUACAGUGCUUUCAGUAAACUAUUUCAUAUCUAACAUUUUGUUUGUUAGUACUGUUUUAAAUGGAAAUAUUGGUAUUUUAUAACCUUUAUUGGCUAUUUUAAUUGUAAAUAUUGACAUUCAUGUGUAAGAUAGAUCUUUUGCAGCGAAAUUAAAUGAACAUACUGGUGAAAUGAAUUUAACAGUAAAGUAACAAUGUUUUUAAUAAAAUAUGUAAAAUUUUGAGUAAAUAUAUUGGAAAUUUUUAGAAACAUGUUUUAUAAAUUCUUAUUGUUGGAAACAAUAGGGAUGCUGUCAAAAAAAUAGCAGAACCAUAUAUCAUUAGUCUUGAUAGUGAUGAGGCACUACAAUCACCAGGCUCCCAAGUGAAUAUAUA